CUCUCUCCCCCUCUCUCCCCUGAGGUCUUCGAGAUGUUGAGUGUGAAUUGUGAACAAACCCGGCUUGAUGAGUAUCUUCGUGGUUCCAACCCCAGCAUCUGUUUCUAACCACAGAACAGACGCGGCCAGAAAACACCGUCUUCAUCAGAGCGGCAGUGGAGUCCUCUAAGGUUGUUUUUGGGGGGUAAAGACCACCCAGGACAGAGAGGGGAACAGUUUAAGAAAGCACGGCAUAGUUUUUGAAUGAGCGAGAGGGAUCUGCAGAGCAUGUGUAAAUGGGUAAUUCUGCUCACCUUCUGCCUGAUAACGUUAGGGGGGAGGCUAACACAGGCAUCAGCCCACAGAAGCCACACAGUUCACGUCAAAGCCGGAACCUGUGAGGUCAUCGCUGCCCACCGAUGCUGCAACAGAAACAAGAUCGAGGAGAGAUCUCAGACAGUGAAGUGUUCCUGCUUCCCAGGCCAGGUGGCGGGUACAACAAGGGCCGCCCCUUCCUGUGUGGACGCUUCAAUAGUCAUUCAGAAAUGGUGGUGCCAAAUGCAGCCUUGCCUUGAAGCAGAGGAGUGUAAAGUUUUACCGGAUCAAACUGGCUGGAGCUGCAGUACAGGAAACAAAGUCAAAACAACCAAGCUGAUUAUGCCCCGUGGAGGAUGACUAAUAUCCCUAGCCACGGGGAUAUAGUGGAGGCGCCCGUACUUCAAACAACAAAGGUCACACGAUAGCCCUACACCUGAUCCGACACGCAACAUGAAGGACAGCGUUUUAUACACAGACAAGCUCAAACAGACACAUACGCCUACCUGUCUGGCGGACACCAGCAGUUGGAAACUUGCGCGGUGCAUUAUGCAAAAACAACAUUUAAAAAAAUGACCAGAUUACCACUGAGGAAUUCGCUGGGACAAGAGGAACUCUGGCAUGGGAACAUUGGGUACCUGUGAAACCAGGACUCGAAACCUGCAGGACCUGUCUUAAGCAUUUGCUAGACGUUUUGCGCAGCAGCGGACGGGCUUUCGAGCGCUUCGGGUUGGUGGUUAAUCUGAAGGAUUGCCCCUGAAGACGCACGAACAUCAGAGAGCUGCGUUAAACAACACGGACGUGUUCCUGUAGGUGUCUGCUCUGUGCUAACACAUCAUUUGCCCAAGCGCUUGUUUAUACUGUACAGUCGCUGCUUCUGUAUGAUGGGGUCAGACCUUUUUCAAUUCGCGGGUUGUAGGCUGUCGCACACUCUUUUUUUAUUGUUUGUUUGUUGGCUUUG